GUUAAACAACUGUCAAAAAUCCACAUGGCAACAAAUUUUGUAAGAGCAAAUGGAAUUUUCAAUUUUGACAACGCGUUAUAUGAUGAAGUUAGAUGUGAAGCAUAAAAGUGUGAAAGAGAGAAGAAAAAACUGACGAAGAAUAAAGGUUCUCGACAAGCCCGUCUGAAUAUAAACUUGUUCGAAGAUCAGUAUAAUUAUCGUAUAAGUUGUGAGUCUGUACCCAUCGACGACGCCGUAAAAAUAAAAUUUUGAACGGCGAUGUAAUCUAAUGACAAUUUCAAUAUUUUGCUCAGCUGACAUUCCAAACUGAUAGCUAUUUUUAUAUCAUUUCGUUUUAUUUGUGUUUCCUCAAUUAACCAAUAAUAACGCGAUUUGGGAGCAAAAGAAAUUAAAAUUAAUCAGUGCAACAUCGUAGAUACAUACAUAUAACUAUCUAAAAGUAAUAUUGAAGCCAAUUUAAAAGGGUCACAGAAAGUCGUAAUAAUGGAUUUCACAACAUUUGCCAAACCAAGCACAGUCGAUACAAAUAAUGAUAAAAGUAACUCGGAUCUUCACUUUUGGAAGCAUGUGGAGUAUAUCGAGAAUCACGGUAAGGAUCAGGACGAUUUUGAAUACUGCAUGACAGAGUUUCUACGUAUGUCGGGCAUCUACUGGGGUGUAACUGCCUUAGAUAUAAUGAACCAGCUGGAUCGCCUCGACCGCAAGUCAAUUAUAGAUUUUAUACGUCGCUGCCAAUGUCCGGUGACAGGUGGCUUUGCGCCAUGUGAAGGUCACGACCCCCACAUGCUGUACACGCUGUCUGCCAUACAAAUUCUAUGCAUUUAUGACGCUUUAAACGAAAUUGAUUGUGAAGCUGUGGUGCGCUACGUGAGCGGUUUACAACAAUUCGAUGGUAGCUUUUUUGGUGACAAAUGGGGGGAGGUAGAUACACGUUUUAGCUUUUGUGCUGUGGCCAUACUUACGCUAUUGGGGCGCAUGGAAGGCACAAUUAAUGUUGAACGUGCAGUAAAAUUCGUAAUGUCGUGUUGUAAUCAAACCGAUGGCGGUUUCGGUUCAAAACCAGGCGCUGAAUCGCACGCUGGCCUAAUUUAUUGCUGUGUAGGCUUUUUAUCCUUGACGCAAAGCUUGCAUCUGCUCGACAUCGAUAAGUUGGGUUGGUGGUUGUGUGAACGUCAGCUAACAUCAGGUGGACUUAAUGGGCGUCCUGAAAAGUUGCCAGAUGUCUGUUACUCUUGGUGGGUGCUCUCAUCGCUGACCAUUAUGGGCCGCUUACAUUGGAUUAGCGCCGAUAAAUUAAAAGAAUUCAUAUUGUCAUGUCAAGACAACGAAACUGGUGGCUUUGCAGAUCGCACCGGAAAUUUGCCCGACAUUUUUCAUACACUUUUUGGCAUAGGCGCACUCUCGCUACUGGGCUUUGAGGGACUCAAACCGAUUAAUCCAACACUGUGCAUGCCACAAUAUGUAAUUGAUCGUUUGGGCAUUGAACCGCAAAUAUUGCCAAGACCAUGAAGGAAGAGAAAUGUGUAUCGAAAAUUACUAUUACUAUUAUAAGUUAAAUAAAGUUUUGCACGGCAACUUCAAGUGCUUUAUUUGGGUCGCAAAAAGGUUGCAUAUAUUAGUUAAAAAAUUAACAAAAAAAAUAUUUAAAUCGAUUUUGUGCAUGAAAUAGCUUUGUUAAACAAUAUAAGACCGCUCAACAGUUAUGAUAUAUUAAACAUACAUAUUUUAUUAUGGAACAAUUGUAAAAUUGAUUUGUCGAAGCCGAAUCAAAGAUAUACAUAUGUAGCUUUAUUUUUGCACUAAAUAUUCAAAUAUUUGUUUACACA